GUUAUCACAGUGCUUCUGUCGCUGUUUUGCUUCUUCGACACAAAGAACUCAACAUGCCGACCGUCUACCUCCUCGACUACGUCGCCGGCAACAUCCGCUCGCUCGUCAAUGCCAUUGAGAAGGUUGGCUACACGGUCGAGUGGGUCAGGUCGCCCGCCGACGUGCCCGCCGCAGAUAAACUCAUCAUUCCUGGUGUCGGCCACUUCGGCCACUGCCUGAGCCAGCUAGGAAAGGCCGGCUAUGUCGAGCCCAUCCGCGAGCACAUCAAGGCCGGAAAGCCGUUCAUGGGGAUAUGCGUGGGGCUGCAGGCCCUGUUUGAGGGAUCAGAGGAAGACCCGCAAGUCAAGGGCCUCGGCAUCAUCCCGUCGAAACUGCGCAAGUUCAACGACGCCGACAAGAGCGUGCCGCACAUUGGUUGGAACAGCGCCAACACAUCACGCACCGGCGAAGUUACAAACGAGUCGCUCUUUGGGCUGCGGCCGACGUCCAAGUACUACUACGUCCACUCGUACGCCGCGCCAUACGAGGAGGGCAAGCUGGAGAAGGAUGGCUGGCAGGUUGCGACUGCGCGCUAUGGCGACGAAGAGUUCAUUGGUGCAGUGGCCAAGGACAACAUCAUGGCGACACAGUUCCACCCUGAGAAGAGUGGUGCGGCCGGUCUGCGCGUGCUCAAGGCCUUCUUGGAAGGAAAGAAGUCACAAACGCUGCCGGAAAUCCCAGCGGCAGAGCAGACGAAGGAGGGCUUGACACGGCGAGUCAUCGCAUGUCUCGACGUACGCACAAACGACCAGGGCGAUCUGGUAGUCACAAAGGGUGACCAGUACGAUGUACGGGAGAAGGAUGCCAAUGCAGGCGUGCGCAACCUGGGUAAGCCUGUCGAGAUGGCGAAGAGGUACUACGAGCAGGGCGCCGACGAAGUUACCUUCCUCAACAUCACCUCCUUCCGCAACUGCCCUGUCGCCGAUACGCCCAUGCUCGAAAUAUUGCGCAAGACCAGCGAGACCGUCUUCGUCCCCCUGACAAUAGGCGGCGGCAUUCGCGACACAGUCGACACAGACGGGACCAAGAUUUCUGCCCUCGACAUCGCAACAAUGUAUUUCAAGUCCGGCGCCGACAAGGUCAGCAUUGGCUCCGACGCCGUCACAGCUGCCGAGGACUACUACGCUCGCGGUUCCAAGCUAUCGGGCACCACACCCAUCGAGACCAUCUCCUCCGCAUACGGCAACCAGGCUGUCGUUGUCAGUGUCGACCCCAAGCGCAUAUACGUCUCAUCACCCGACGCCACACAGCACCACGCUAUCAAGACAGCAACACCAGGCCCCAACGGCGAGGAGUACUGCUGGUAUCAGUGCACCAUCAAGGGCGGACGCGAGGCCCGCGACUUUGAUGUCAGGCAAUUGGUCCAGGCGGUCGAGGCCAUGGGUGCUGGCGAGAUUCUACUAAACUGCAUCGACAAGGAUGGCAGCAACAGCGGUUUCGACCUCGAGCUGAUCAACGAUGUCAAGGCCGCGAUCAAGAUCCCGGUCAUUGCGAGCAGUGGAGCAGGAAACCCGGGACACUUUGAUGAGGUGUUUGCGAAGACGAGGACCGAUGCUGCGCUGGGUGCUGGAAUGUUCCAUCGUGGCGAGUACACGGUCAAGGAUGUAAAGGACCACUUGCAACAGAAGGGCCAGAUCGUGCGGCCUUUCGAAGCAGACAUAUAGAAUAGACUGUAUACACAUAGACAAAAUGGUAAGGUACCAGGAGCUACCAUUACAGACCCAGGGCCGCCAUCGCUAG